AUGUUUCGUUUGGUGCCAUCCUUAGAAACAGAUGAAUGGCCUGUACGAUAUGUUUUUGCAUCAUUAAGUGGUCGCUCAACAUGUAUUCAACUUCGCUCCUCACCAAUAUAUAUGGUCAAUCGACAUGUCAUUUCAUCGAGUAAGGAAAUACAG